AUGCCACUGAAACAUUAUCUACUUUUGCUGGUGGGCUGCCAUGCCUGGGGUGCAGGGUUGGCCUACUAUGGCUGCCCGAGCGAGUGUACCUGCUCCCGGGCCUCCCAGGUGGAGUGCACUGGGGCGCGCAUUGUGGCAGUGCCCAGCCCUCUGCCCUGGAACGCCAUGAGCCUGCAGAUCCUCAACACGCACAUCACUGAACUUGGCGAGUCCCCAUUCCUCAACAUCUCAGCCCUCAUCGCCCUGAGGAUCGAGAAGAAUGAGCUGUCACAUAUCAUGCCUGGGGCCUUCCGCAACCUGGGCUCACUGCGCUAUCUCAGCCUCGCCAACAACAAGCUUCAGGUUCUGCCUAUCGGCCUCUUCCAGGGCCUGGACAACCUGGAGUCUCUCCUCCUGUCCAGCAACCAGCUGUUGCAGAUCCAGCCAGCCCACUUCUCCCAGUGCAGCAACCUCAAGGAACUGCAGUUGCACGGCAACCAUCUGGAAUACAUCCCUGAUGGCGUCUUCGACCACCUGGUGGGACUCACCAAGCUCAAUCUGGGCAAGAACAGCCUCACCCACAUCUCACCCCGGGUCUUCCAGCACCUGGGCAACCUCCAGGUCCUCCGGCUGUAUGAGAACAGGCUCUCAGAUAUCCCCAUGGGUGCUUUUGAUGGGCUCGGUAACCUCCAGGAACUGGCCCUCCAGCAGAACCAGAUUGCCAUGCUCUCCCCCGGCCUCUUCCACAACAACCGCAACCUCCAGAGACUCUACCUGUCCAACAACCACAUCUCCCAGCUGCCCCCUGGCAUCUUCAUGCAGCUGCCACAGCUCAACCGUCUCACACUCUUUGGGAACUCCCUGAAGGAGCUCUCUCCUGGGGUCUUCGGGCCCAUGCACAACCUGCGAGAGCUUUGGCUCUACGACAACCACAUCACUUCUCUGCCUGACAACGUCUUCAGCAACCUCCACCAGCUGCAGGUCCUGAUCCUCAGCCGCAACCAGAUCAGCUUCAUCUCCCCUGGCGCCUUCAACGGGCUGACGGAGCUUCGAGAGCUGUCCCUCCACACCAACGCGCUGCAGGACCUGGACGGGAACGUCUUCCGCAUGCUGGCCAACCUGCAGAACAUCUCCCUGCAGAACAACCACCUCAGACAGCUCCCGGGGAAUAUCUUCGCCAACGUCAAUGGCCUCAUGACCAUCCAGCUGCAGAACAACCAGUUGGAGAACCUGCCUUUGGGCAUCUUUGAUCACUUGGGGAACCUGUGUGAUCUGCGGCUCUAUGACAACCCCUGGAGGUGUGACUCAGACAUCCUUCCGCUCCGCAACUGGCUCCUGCUCAACCAGCCCAGGUUAGGGACGGACACCCUCCCGGUGUGUUUCAGCCCAGUCAAUGUCCGAGGCCAGUCUCUCACUGUCAUCAACAUCAACGUUGCUGUCCCCAGUGUCCCUGAGGUGCCCAGCUACCCAGACAUGCCAGCGUACCCAGACACACCCAGCUACUUUGACACCACAUCCAUCUCUUCUACCACUUCAUUAACCAGCACCAUGGAAGACUACACCGAUCUGACCACCAUCCAGGUCACUGAGGACCGUGGCACAUGGGGUAUGACCCGGGCCCAGAGCGGGCUGGCCAUUGCCGCCAUCGUCAUCGGAACCAUUGCCCUGGCCUGCUCCCUGGCUGCCUGCAUUUGCUGUUGCUGCUGCAAGAAGAGGAGCCAGGCGGUCCUGAUGCAGAUGAAGGCGCCCAAUGAGUGUUAG